AAAAAAAGAAGAGGAAAACCAAGCCCAUUGAAUUCUCUGGUACAUUCUGAUUUCCGAGGUUCCUGUGAAAGAGAGAUCUACCUUAACCGCUUCUGCUACUCCCGGCAAUCGUGGAAGAAAAUGGCAAACAACAGAGGAUAUCCCCAUUUCAGAAGAUUUCUCUCAAGAAGACAAUAUAUUCUUACGACAGCUCUCUUCACAAUCUUUGCUUUUGUUUUUUCUAUUUUCCUUCUACUUUAUGGAUUUGCCCCAAAGGAAGAUGACAUAUUGAAAGAUGAUACAAGACUUGAAGAACCCCAACAAUCUCAAUCUGUGCAGCAGCAGGUGUCAGAUGAAAACCUUUGGGGUGCUUCUCUAAGCCAUGGCUUGCACCCAUGUAUCAAGCCAACAGUUAGACAUAAAGCUGCCCAAGGAUCAGAUCACUAUAUAACUGUGAGAAGCAACGGAGGACUAAAUCAAAUGCGCACUGGUAUCUCAGACAUGGUGGCUGUGGCACACAUUAUGAACGCUACCUUAGUCAUCCCUCAACUGGAUAAACGGUCAUUCUGGCAAGACACGAGCACAUUUUCAGAUAUAUUUGAUGAGCUUCAUUUCAUUACGACCUUACAAGAUGAUGUAAGGAUUGUUAAGGCGCUUCCGAAGGAAUUGGAGUCAAUUCCUCGGGCCAGGAAACACUUCACCUCCUGGUCUGGCAUGGGUUACUACGAAGAGAUGGCUCGACUAUGGAAGGACUAUCAGGUAAUUCAUGUUGCGAAGUCAGAUUCCCGGCUGGCAAACAAUGAUUUGCCUCUUGAUAUACAGAGGUUGAGAUGUCGUGCUCUAUACCGUGCUCUCCGUUUUUCUCCUUCAAUUGAAAGCCUAGGAAAGAAGCUUGUGGAGCGUCUGAGAUCACACAGCGGAAGAUACAUUGCUCUCCAUCUGAGAUAUGAGAAGGACAUGCUCUCUUUUACUGGCUGUACAUAUGGGCUGACUGAGGCAGAAUCUGAAGAGCUGCGAAUAAUGAGGGAGAAUACUAACCAUUGGAAGGUUAAAAAGAUAAACUCAACAGAACAGAGGGUGGGAGGCUUUUGCCCUCUAACUCCGAAAGAGGUGGGAAUAUUUCUUGAAUCUCUUGGGUAUCCUCCAAUAACAACAAUUUAUAUUGCAUCGGGGGAAAUUUAUGGUGGUGAAGCUCGCCUUUCAGAACUUAAGUCUCGCUUCCCAAAUAUAAUUUCCAAGGAAGCAUUGGCUACAGCAAAGGAGUUAGAACCAUUUGCCAAUCAUGGCAGUCAAACUGCAGCACUUGAUUAUAUUAUUUCUGUAGAGAGCAAUGUCUUUGUUCCCUCUCAUUCAGGUAAUAUGGCCAGAGCUGUUGAGGGCCACAGAAGAUUCUUAGGACACCGCAGGACAAUCAACCCAGACAGGAAAGGACUUGUUGAACUAUUUGAUAAGCUAGAAAGUGGAGAGCUGAAAUUAGGGUCCUCAUUUUCUCACCUUGUUCAAGAAAUGCACAAGAACAGGCAAGGAGCUCCAAGAAAAAGACAUGGUCCAUUGCCAGGAAUAAAAGGCCGAGCACGUUUGAGGACUGAAGAAUCUUUCUAUGAGAAUCCAUAUCCAGAGUGUAUCUGCCGAUCAAAGAAAGCAGUUUGAAAUGAAGUUAAUGCCCUCAAGUUAGACGUUACAUAAGAUUUCCAAGUUUUGUAUCCGUUAGUGUAUGGCGGUGACUAAAAUCAACAAGAAGCUAGCUGGUUGUCUAAACCAAAAUCGAUGGAGCCUAGCCAGCAUUCAUUCUUAGUUCUUAACAUUAGCAGAGUUAGAGGAGGGGAGAAGGACUUGCAUGGCCGCUAGCAGAAAACCCAGAUUUCGUUGUUGUAUCACUCCUAUACUAAUAUUCUUUGUUUGAAUUAUUCGGUUCAAGGAGAGCCCCAUAUCAUGGUUUGGUAUGUAAAACACUGUAUCUCAUGUGAGUGCUGACCGAAAUUUAUCAGCCCGCCCUUUUGUCCGUCUGGCCACUGUGAUCCUGAGAGCAUUUCAUUCGAUUAUCCAUGUUGUUGGGACAGAAAGUAAAGAAAGAAAUAUCUUUAUUUCUUCUUUUGAAA